GGACACGCUGACGCGACUGUGGUGAGCACCUUCAAAUUUUCAUUUUGAUACACCUUUUGAUGACCUAUCAUUCGUGACCUGUGCUGCAUCUUACUGAUCUGAACAAUCAUAGGUCUCAGACGAUCGACAGUAUUCCUGUCUUUAAAUUUAACUUCCUGAUUCUAAUACCUACGCUGGCAUGGGCUCAAUCUACUGUGGCUGCCAAUCCUACAGAUUCGUUUGGUAUGACAUUCGGCCAGAUAUUCGCUCUAAGCAUAGCCAUUCUCCCUACCUUGUCCCUUGCUGUGACUUGUUAUGAAAACUGGUCAGAGAUCUUGAAGGCCAUAUGGGUGACUGACAUCAAACAUAUGGAGUGGACGGGUAUACCCAUACAUGAUCCUUCACCAGAGAUAGUUGUUCAUCUUCGACCAGUCGCAGUAGCAGCAACGGCUCCUGCAUCUGAUCAUUCAUCCGAAAUGCAUGACGAGUUGAGCGGUAUGAGGAGCCACUCUGCACGCCGGCAAACAAUGUAGAAUAUUCCGCAAAUUAUUAGUUUUGUAUACUUACCACUCAUGUACGCUGAAACGCUAUGGAUAUAUGCAUGUCUUGUAUAUAACAAUAGGAU